AUGGCUACGACUUGCAUGCCCUCUGCAUUGACGUGCAGUCAUGAUUCGGAGUGGUGGGUGCCACUGGAGGCAGUCUCCUUCAACACUGCUUUUCCUGAGCCGUUGUACUUGAAGGUCCAACAGGACACAUCUGGCGAGUUCCGCGUUCUGGGUUUAGGUGUGGGCGAAAGUUCCGAUUGCACAGGCGAGGGCUUGGUUCUGGGUGAUGCCCCGGCCAAGCGUGUGGCAGUGGGCGCGCUACUGCAGACCAGCCCUGCCGCCGAUGUGUGCUUGAGCAAGGAUGCUUCGGAAAUGAUUGGCGUGCCUGAUGCACUGACUCCUCGCGAGGGCACAAAUCUCUCUGUCGGGUCAGUUUUGCAUGGCACGGGUGGCUGCAAGCCAUGUGCUUGGUUCUGGAAAGAGCAGGGAUGCCGAAAUGGAGCGGAAUGUCAACAUUGCCAUUUAUGUGACAAAAGUGAAAUCAAGGCAAGAAGGAAGGCUAAAUCAGAGCAGUGGAAGCAACAGAAGCAGGAGGCGCGGCUGCCUUCCACAGAAGUCGAGUCUGUGCCUGUGGAAGAGCUGCAAGGGUAG